AUGGAGUCUGCAUUAUUAGCACCAACAAUUCCUGCAGCCAAAAUUUCAAGCCUUUUCAUAUACCCAGUUAAGUCAUGUCGUGGAAUUUCUGUUUCCCAUGCUCCCCUCACUCCCACCGGAGUUAGAUGGGAUCGACAAUGGGUGGUGGUGAAUUCCCAAGGGAGGGCUUGCACCCAAAGAGUUGAUCCAAAGCUUGCUUUGGUUGAGGUUGAACUGCCACCAGAUGCCCUUGUUGAAGACUACCAAGCUACGAAAGAUUCGUACAUGGUGUUGAAAGCUCCUGGGAUGGAACCGCUCAAAAUUUGUUUGAGUAAACAACAUGAAGUAACUGAAGCUAUCACAGUCUGGGAAUGGACUGGAUCUGCCUGGGAUGAAGGAAUAGAAGCUUCGCAGUGGUUCUCAGAUUUUUUAGGAAAGCCCUGUCAACUGGUCCGCUUCAAUACUGAUUCGGAAGUUAGACAAGUGGAUCCUGACUAUGUUGGUGGACAACAUCGGACCUAUUUCUCUGAUGGUUAUCCAUUCUUACUUUUAUCUCAGGAAUCAUUAGUUGCACUAAAUGAGCUUCUAAAGGAACCCAUACCUAUUAAUCGUUUCAGACCCAAUAUCCUUGUUGAAGGUUGUGACCCAUAUUCUGAGGACUUGUGGACUGAGAUAAAGAUAAGUGAGUUUUUAUUUCAGGGUGUCAAGCUGUGCUCCCGUUGUAAGGUACCCACAAUCAAUCAAGAGACUGGGAUAGCUGGAUCUGAGCCAACUGAGACUCUUAUGAAAACCAGGUCUGGCAAAGUCAUUAGACCAGAUGCAAAAAAUAAAAACAAGGUGUACUUUGGUCAGAAUAUGGUAUGGAACUGGAUGGAAUCUUCUGCUAAAGGGAGUGAAAAAAUCAUUCAAGUUGGAGAUCCUGUUUAUGUUAUUAGAAUGGUCUCUUCUGCCGCCCAAGCAGCUGCUUGA